UUCAGUGGGUACGAUCGAUCCGUCUAUGGAUCCGAGCCGUUCUUCAAAUUGGCAACUAAGCGUGUACGUGAGACAAUUCCGCACAGGUAUGGCCGACGUCAAAGGAACUGAUACAUUUGCUAGCUUGAAGCAAGAUCUUCAAGUCGGAGAGGAAAAAUACCAGUACUUUAAUCCUACAGCUCUUCAUGAUGAAAAAUAUGAUCGCUUACCAUAUUCCAUACGAGUGCUACUGGAGUCAGCUAUCAGGAACUGUGAUGGAUUCUUUGUCAACAAGAAAGAUGUUGAGAAUAUCCUCAAUUGGGAACAAAACCAGAACAAUUCAGUGGAAGUCCCCUUUAAACCUGCCAGGGUUAUCAUGCAAGAUUUUACGGGUGUACCAGCUGUGGUAGACUUUGCAGCUAUGAGGGAUGCUGUAAAGAGACUAGGAGGCAAUCCAGAAAAGAUCAAUCCUGUUUGUCCUGCAGACCUUGUCAUUGACCAUUCUGUUCAAGUAGAUUUCACAGGAAGUUUCCGUCCACGGAUAACGCGCAAUGCGCCGAAUCCUGGAGGGGGCAGCACCGCCCGGUUGUCCUGUGGCGGAGAUGCCGACAGCUGUUUAGCAUGCAUAGGACAGGGCUACCGGUUACCUAUUGUAGAUGAAAUCUGCCCGUACCAUCACUUGCCCUCAGAUUGUGCUGAUUCAUUGAAGAAGAACCAGGAUAUUGAAUUCCAACGUAACAAAGAAAGAUUUGUUUUCCUGAAGUGGGGAUCUAAAGCCUUGAAGAACAUGUUGAUAGUUCCUCCUGGAUCAGGCAUUGUUCAUCAGAUAAACCUUGAAUACUUAGCCAGAGUUGUCUUCAACACAGAUGGUGUCUUGUAUCCUGACAGUUUAGUUGGAACUGACUCACACACCACCAUGAUCAAUGGACUUGGUAUUGUAGGAUGGGGUGUUGGAGGCAUUGAGGCUGAAGCAGUCAUGCUUGGUCAGGCUAUCAGUAUGGUACUACCUAAAGUGGUUGGUUACAAAUUGACCGGUUCAAUGGACCCUCUAGCGACAUCAACAGAUGUUGUCCUUACCAUUACUAAGCACCUAAGACAGGUUGGAGUGGUUGGGAAGUUUGUAGAGUUCUUUGGUCCUGGUGUUGCUCAGCUUUCCAUUGCAGACAGGGCAACCAUUGCCAAUAUGUGUCCUGAAUAUGGUGCCACUGUUGGAUUCUUCCCAGUAGAUGGUGCAAGCAUUGCAUACCUCAGACAAACAGGUCGUGAUGAUCAUAAGAUCCAGUGUAUUGAGGCAUAUCUUAAAGCAACAAGGAUGUUCAGAGACUUCAAUGAUGCUAAUGAAGACCCUGUUUUCUCAGAGAUAAUUGAGCUUGACUUAGGGACAGUAAGGUCAUGUGUGAGCGGACCAAAGCGUCCUCAUGACAAGGUGAUGGUGAGCGAUAUGAAGCAAGACUUCUCCCAAUGUCUGAGUAACAAGGUUGGCUUCAAAGGUUUUGAUAUCCCUGCUGAUAAGCAUGCUACAUCAGUGCCGUUCCUCUAUGAGAACCAAGAAUAUGUACUAAACCAUGGUUCAGUGGUGAUUGCUGCUAUCACUAGCUGUACAAAUACAAGCAAUCCAUCGGUCAUGCUGGGAGCAGGUCUUCUUGCAAAGAAAGCAGUAGAAGCUGGUUUAUCAGUGAAGCCAUACAUCAAGACUAGUCUAAGCCCAGGCAGUGGGGUUGUGACAUACUACCUAAGGGAGAGUGGUGUUAUUCCUUAUCUUGAAAAACUUGGGUUCUUCAUUGUUGGUUUUGGUUGUAUGACAUGUAUUGGAAAUUCUGGACCACUAUCUGAACCUGUUAGUUCAGCCAUUGAAAAGGGAGAUCUGGUAGCAUGUGGUGUAUUGUCUGGUAAUCGUAACUUUGAGGGUCGUAUCCAUCCAUUGACCAGAGCUAAUUACUUAGCUUCGCCACCUCUAGUCAUUGCAUAUGCCUUAGCUGGAACUGUUUGUAUUGACUUUGAGACAGAGCCAUUAGGUCAGAAUGGAGAUGGCCAAGACAUCUUCCUGAGAGAUAUCUGGCCAAGCAGAACAGAGCUUCAAGAAGUAGAGAAGAAGAAUGUCAUUCCAUCCAUGUUUGAAGAUGUCUAUGGCAAAAUUGAGCAAGGGAAUACUAGUUGGAAUGACCUUAAGACUUCUGAUGACACAUUGUACCCUUGGGACCCAAAAUCAACUUACAUCAAAUCUCCUCCAUUCUUUGAAACCAUGACCAAAGAACUUCCACCAGCCAAGACCAUCAAAGAUGCUUCAGUCCUUCUCUUCCUUGGUGACUCAGUAACCACUGACCACAUAUCUCCAGCAGGUAGCAUUGCACGGAACAGCCCUGCAGCACGCUACCUUGCAAGUCUUGGACUCACACCACGUGAAUUUAACUCAUAUGGCAGUCGUCGUGGUAAUGACGCUGUCAUGGCCAGAGGAACCUUUGCAAAUAUACGUCUGUUAAACAAAUUCAUUGGUAAGGCAGGACCCAAGACUAUUCACAUUCCAUCAAAAGACACAAUGGAUGUGUUUGAUGCAGCUGAUCGGUAUGGUAAGGAUGGUCAACCACUGGUGGUAAUUGCUGGUAGAGACUAUGGCUCCGGAUCAUCCAGGGACUGGGCUGCUAAGGGACCAUGGAUGCUUGGUAUUCAAGCAGUUAUAGCUGAGACAUAUGAGAGGAUACAUCGAAGCAACCUUGUUGGUAUGGGUAUCAUACCUCUUCAGUUCUUGGAAGGUCAGAAUGCUCAGACUUUGAAUCUGACUGGUGAAGAGAAGUACACUAUUGUUCUACCUGAAAACCUGAAACCAAGAGAGCAGAUUACAGUCAAGCUUGACAAUGGAGUGUCAUUUGAAGUAUGUGUGCGAUUUGACACUGAAGUUGAACUGACCUUCUACAGGAACGGAGGCAUUCUGAACUACAUGGUGCGUAGGAUACUGGAGGAAUAAAAAAAAACAUUCAACUCAUCUACAAGGUCACAAUCAAAUUACAAGUAAUGUAGUUACCCAUUUCAUACGGCCAUCAUUACAUAUUUUUUGUUGUACUGUUAUAACAAACAUGUCCUUUUUAACAAAGUAUUCAUGAUUAGCAAUUCCUCAUACUAUUUACUGUCUUCACUCCUUUUGGAAUAUUCCAACAUGAUGGGCAUUGCAAACAAAUAUUAGUCCACUUUCUCUUAUUUCAAAUGUCUCUUGCUUUCCUUAUAUAGAUAGGAAUUUUAAUGGUUAAUGAUCCUUCUGGAAUGAUGUGUGAAAUAACUCAUGAAGAUGAUUUAUGUUAGGAUAUUUUUCCUUGAAAGUCAGAAACAUGAUUGUUGAUUAUUAAAGUUUUAUGUUAUAGUAGCCCUAGCAGGGUAUAUUUCAUUUAAUCAUUUAUUUCUUGAAUGCAUUGCUCUAAUAAUUUGGUAAAUUCAUGUAUGUAUUUACAAUUAUUAUUAGUCCUUUUAUUAUUAUUAUCAUUUAUUUUAACCAAACCAUUUAUUUCAAUUAAAUCAUUAUAAUUGUUAAUGGGUAUGUAAAUAUGAGGUGGGACCCGUUGCAGAAAGAGUUGCGAUCAAACGCAACUCAAAAAAUCUUGCGUAACUUGAUUGUCAGCUAAUGAAGCACCCGUAUUCUGGACUUGUGCUUGAUAUUUUGACUUGCGUUUAAACGCAACUCUUUCUGUAACAGGCCCGUGGACUCAUUUUAAGGUCUAGAGAUGUGUUGGUUUCAUCAUUUCUUUGAAGGUAAUACAUUUAGAAUUAUACAGCACUUGUCUCAAUACAUACACAGCUAAUUUGGUUUAAUAAUUGUCACUUUAUCUUCACCCACUCUCCAUAGCCAAAUAUUUUCAAACCUCCCUAUGGGCCAGAUCAUGCUGUUUAAUGAACUUGUACAAUUUUCACAUUAUACUGUUUGAAUUUCUUGGUCAAUGUGAUAAUGAAAUAGCAAAGAAAGUGAGUUUGUAUGAAUAUGUAUAUUUAUUCAGAAUUGCAGAAGUAAUGUGUUAUUAUUUGUGAAUACUUAGUAAGCCAUGAAGGUUGAUUAGCCUAUACAAGUAUAUACCUCAUGAUGAGCUUUUAUUAAGCUGAAUGUUACAGUGAUUUGUUUUGAAUUCAUUUGAGAAACAUUCUGUUAUCAAAUAAUUGCAAUCAGUAAUCACAGUGGAAUUAUUGAUUUGAAAUAGCAUAUCUCUCCCAAUAAUAACCUCUGUUGGAGCAGGUUUUAAACUUGCGGUUUAUUUAAAGUGUGUAAUAUGAAUAAUUGGAAGAGAUGAAUGUCAUUCAGUCAGCAUAUUUUUAAGUGUCUGCAGGAAAAGUUGGGCUUUGAUAUUAGUUUCUAUGAAUGAGAAAGUAAUUAUCAAUUGAUACUGUACAUAGUUGAAAGUGUUGAAGAUCAUGUAUUAAGGUGCUCUCAUAAUUGAUGAUGCAUAAAUUUAAUGAAUAAACUCACCCAUAGUUCACACAUGCUUCAUAAUCAUAAAAAAAUCUUCACUGAGAUAUCCUACUCAUCUCACAAAAGUAUUCUUGCUUUGACCAAACAACAGCAUGAAUGUUGUAAAUGGUUAUUUUCAAUAGAAAAUAAGUACUAGAUUUCCAUGAAGGGAAAUUAUUGCAAAGGAUUUGAUAUCACUUGUUUAUAUUUUAAAUCAUUUUUAUUGAUCUCGAUCAAAUCCAAUUACCAUAUUGACAUGAACUACAAAUUCAUGCGAAGAUUCAUUUUGUUACAAGGCAAUGUUGUAUGUAUUAUUGACUAAUGCCUUAUUAACAGAGGACAAAAUACAUGUUUUAAUAUUAUUUUCUUCUAAUUUUAUGAUUUGAAUUAUAAUUUUUAUAUGGCUGUUUAAAGUGAGUAUCUAUUUUGCAAAUUUGAUGCAUAGUGAUGAUUAUGUAGUUUCAAUUGGCUUGAGUGAAUUUAUGUGAAGCAAUAUGUGUAUUUAUGACUACUGUAAAUUCAUUCUUGUUUAUUCAUUGGAUAUCAUUGUGUCAUUAUGUAAUUCACUAUCAAAGAAAUUUAUAAUUUUUUGACAGCUUCUUGAAAGACGAAUAAAAUUGUUAGAUUAAUUUAAAAACACGAA